GGUGUUUUUCACCCCCCUGACUGUGUUUAAUUUCUGUCAGGUACAAUGGCUCUUGGAGUGCUUAAUUCGCAAGUUAAAAAUUCCCUGAGUGGGAGUGCAUUUUUCGACCGCGGUUCUAUAGCGGAACAGGAACCUCCGCCUCCACUCCGCAGCUACCUUUGUUUGACUAUUUUCACCUGCUUUUGUCCUGCAUACCCUGUCAACAUUGUGGCCUUGGUCUUCUCUAUAAUGUCUAGGAACAGCUAUUAUCAGGGUGACUAUGAUGGGUCGAGGCGCCUGGGCAGGAACGCUCUCUAUGUCGCUGUUGCCUCCAUCAUUAUCGGCCUUGUCAUCAUCGCUGUCUCCUGCAUCGUUCAUUUUACCACUAUGGACUUUUAGUGCUGUGACAGUGGAGAGAGGGGGAGAAGAGAAAUAAGACAGUUGAACAGAAAACUGUGGAUGAUGAUGUCUGGAUGGGCUCAGGUGGUCGGUUCAAACGGUACCAUCUGCCAAUGAAAGGACUAUGACUCGCCUCAUGUUUACUUCAGUCUGUGCAUCACUUCCUCUCAUGUCUACUGCUCUUCAUAUGGACAAUCAGGGAUUAUAAAAUCAAGUGGGCGUGUACAUUUCGGUGUUUAAUGUCUAUGAUUCUUUGGAUUAAAAAGGCAGCUUUUGAUACAUGUUUAGAGAAUCCAGGGUGUACAGCAAGUUUUGUUAGGCUGUGACCCCAAUGUGAGAAAAGUAUUUAUUUUGUCUGUUGUUUUUUGCUCAAAACAUUGCUAGAUGACAGUAAACUGUGUAUAACUUAAUUAAAAUACCUAUCCAUAAAAAUAACAAAUUCUGUUAAUAAUUAUGUUACAAUGUUUUCAUGCUCUUUACCAGUAACAGCAAACUCCUUUGCUCUGAACUCAUUUCUACAUUAUUUUCUGCUGCACAUUGUGUCUAAGAAUUACUGUACACAAAAACCUGACUUUGGUUCAUUUUGUUUUAUGAUUCUUGUUCUAGUCAGCACAGUCAGGGGUUUUGCUGCUGUAGCCACACAUGGUCUGCUAUGACCAGUGGCUUAUGGUGGCCAGUGUUAGCAAACUUUAGUUAGAUAUUAGUGGUUUAGUUUAGUUUAGUUAGUUAUUGUUAUGUUUCUCCACUUGCGGUGUUGUUAUAGGUUUAAGUAGCGAGCCGUGAAGUGCCGUGGUUUACAGUGAUUUCAGAACAGCUAGGGGGCAUUGUUAAGCACAAUGUGGUGCAUCUUUGGUGUGAGCCAAAGAAGUUUACCCCCAUGGGUUAAGACAGGGGUCGGCAACUUGUACAAUAAAAAGGGCCAUUACUGGCCUAAAAAAAAAAAAAAAAAAAAAAAAAAAUCUUCUUUUCCUUUUUGGAUUUGGAAUCCAUAGCUAGCCUUGCUAGAGAGACUUCAGGUUAGCCACCGCUACAAGAGUUCCACAAAA